AUGGAUCAAGUCCAGCAAGAGUUGUCCAAGCUAAACGCUGGUGAAGAUGACAGAAAGGAAUCGGUGAACAAAGUUUCUGAUGCCGUGAAACAGUCGACCGCGGGAACACCGUUGAAGAAUCCGGAAAUACGUAGCCAAAAGCGAUCGGAGAAAACCAAGAAGGUCGAAUCGGAUGAAGAAGAGGAGGAAGAGGAAGAUGAAGAGUCUGAUGAAUCUAGCAGUGACGAUGAAAGUGAGGAGCAGUCUGAAAGCGACUCGGAUGAGGCCACCGAAGAAGAAGACGAAGAAGAAGAACCCAAGAAGACGAGCAAAGAGAAAAAUAAGUCAGGAAAAGUUAGAUCUCACGGGCUGGGACAGUCUAAUGCGGCACCUUCUAAAGCGCAAAUGGUGGCCCGGAGUGGAAUCAGCAAGAGACUUCCACUAUUUACUGGAAAGCCUGAAGAAUGGCCGCUGUUCAUUGGAAGCUAUCAAGCCUCCAACGAUGCUUGUGGGUUUUCCGACGUUGAGAAUCUUGUUCGGCUGCAGGAGAGCUUAAAGGGUCAGGCGUUGGAAAACGUUCGAGGACAGCUACUGUUUCCAAAAUCGGUGCCGAAAGUCAUAAGCAAACUUCGUCAGCUGUAUGGACGCCCGGAACAGUUGCUAAAGUGUCACCUUGAGAAAGUGCGGCGAUUGGAUCCUCCGAAGUCAGACAAAUUGGCGUCAUACAUUCCAUUCGGUAAUGCUGUGGAGCAAUUAUGCGAGCAUCUAGAGGCAGCGGGUUUAGAGCAGCACCUGGUUAAUCCUCUUCUUAUCCAGGAUCUUGUCGAUAAGCUUCCGGCCCAUGAUAAGCGUGAAUGGGUUCGCUACAAAAAUCGGAAAAGGAAGGUGAACCUGCGUACUUUCACCGAUUUUGUGUCGAAGAUUGUUGCAGAAGCUUGCGAGGCCAACGUGAAGAUGGAUUUCAGAGCAGAAUCGAAGCCAGUUUGCAACGAGCACGCCGGAAAGAGCAAAGCGAAGGAAAAGGGAGCUCAUUUAUACAAUCACAGUGCAGUGGAGAGGGCCAACCCCGGCGUCGGCGAGAAUCAUCCGAGACCGUGCAAAGCGUGCAAGUGGACCGAUCAUCGUCUGCGAUUCUGCCAGGAUUUCAAGGCUUGGACACUUCGGGACCGUUUGAAGUUGGUCGAAAAGUGGAAACUCUGCGUUGUCUGCCUCAAUGAUCACGGUAACGCUCCGUGCAAAUUCAAGAUCCGGUGCAACAUCGACGAAUGUCGGGAACGUCACAAUCCUCUAUUGCAUUCCGCCACCGGAUCCGUGGUAAUCAACGCACACUUUCGAACCACCAGUACCAUCAUGUUCCGUAUGAUACCAGUGACAUUGUAUUUCGGUAAGCGGUCGGUUAAUACGUUAGCGUUUCUGGACGAGGGCGCAUCAGUGACUCUGAUAGAAAGUUCCCUGGCGGAUCAGCUAGGUGUUCAAGGAACGAAGGAACAGUUGACCAUCAAAUGGACAGCCGAUAUCACGCGCGUGGAGAAGGGAUCCCGACGAAUGGACUUGUUCAUUUCCGGACGAGAUGGGAAGGAGAAACAUCAACUCGGCACGGUUCGAACUGUUGACGAGCUGCUACUACCGAAGCAAUCCCUAAGUGCGUCGGUGCUCUGUCAGCGGAUGAAGAAACUGCAAGGGUUACCGAUUGCUUCGUACGAAAACCAACGCCCGGGGUUAUUGAUCGGUCUGAACAAUCUCCACUUGCUUGCACCGACUGAAGCAAAGGUUGGUAAGCCUGGUGAGCCAAUAGCGGUGCGGUCCAAGCUAGGAUGGGCAGUGUACGGUCCAAAUGAGGUGCAGCUAUCAAAUGCGGAAGUGUAUCUGGGACAUCACGAUGAAGUAAGCAAUCAGGAGCUGCAUGAUCUGCUGAAAAGUCAGUACGCUUUAGAGGACUCCGUAGUGGUGAAGCUGACAGAAUCGGAAGAUGAUAGAAGAGCUCGUGAAAUCUUGGAGCAGACCACCAGAAGAGUGGGCGAUCGAUUCGAGACCGGCCUACUGUGGAAGGAAGGAGAGCCAGAACUUCCAGAUAGUUAUCCGAUGGCCACGCGCAGGAUGAAAUGUUUGGAGCAACGACUGCUGAAGUCACCAGCGCUGUUCGAAAACGUUUGCAAGCAGAUCAAGGAGUAUCAGCAGAAGGGCUAUGCGCAUCUGGCAAGUGCCGAAGAAUUAGAAGAAGCCGAACCGGGAAAAGUUUGGUAUCUUCCACUCAACGUCGUCCUUAACCCAAAGAAACCGGGAAAAGUACGACUCGUGUGGGAUGCAGCAGCAAGUGUGAAAGGAAUAUCCCUCAAUUCCUUACUUCUCACAGGACCUGAUUUGCUGGUAUGUAUACUCACCGUAUUUUGCCAAUUUCGUGAACGACCGAUCGCUUUCGGUGGAGACAUCCGCGAAAUGUACCACCAGAUGCAGAUUCGUCCAGCCGACAGACGAGUACAGCGAUUCGUCUUCCGAUCGAAUCCCAGAGAAGCACCUAGUAUUUACGUUAUGGACGUAGCUACUUUCGGAUCGAAAAGUUCUCCAUGUUCCGCCCAGUUCGUAAAGAACAAGAACGCGAUGGAGUUUGCAGUACAGUAUCCGGAAGCCGCCGCAGCAAUCGUGAAGAAACACUACGUCGACGACUACUUCGACAGCGUUGAUACCAUCGAAGAAGCGAUACAGCGGGCAAAGCAGGUGAGAUUUAUACAUUCGAAAGGGGGAUUCGAGAUAAGAAAAUGGGUAUCCAAUUCGGAGGAAGUCCUAGUCAGUCUUGGGGAACCGAAACCCGUCCAGACGAUUCAUUUCAACCAGGACAAAGAGACUGGAAAUGAACGCAUACUCGGUAUAAUUUGGAAUCCAGGUCAAGACGUUUUCUCCUUCUCGACUGAACACCGCGAAGAUCUACAAGAGUACCUGCAGGGUCAUAAGACACCAACGAAGCGCAUUGUACUGAGUUGUGUCAUGGGGUUCUUCGAUCCGUUGGGACUACUCUCAUGCUUCACCGUACAUGGAAAGAUCUUGGUUCAGGACUUAUGGCGAACGGGCUGCGAGUGGGAUGAAGAAGUCGACGAUGCAUGCUUGGUCAAGUGGAAGCAAUGGACGGAUCUCUUGCCAUUCAUCUGCAAACGAGGAGUUCCAGACGAAAUCUUCUCCGACAACGGGACAAAUUUCAAGGGAGCCAGCAAGGAGUUGAUUGCUUGGGUGAAGCGAAUUGACAGUGAAUGUGCGGAUUCAGUGACGAGUAGCACAACGAAGUGGAACUUCAAUCCUCCUGGUACGCCACACAUGGGUGGUAUUUGGGAGAGGAUGGUUCGAUCUGUAAAGGAGGCGAUGAAGGCACUCGACGAUGGCAGACGUCUGACGGACGAAAUUCUAUUAACUACCCUGGCUGAAGCGGAAGAUAUGGUAAAUAGUCGUCCGCUAACGUACGUACCCCAGGAAUCAGCAGAUUCCGAAGCGCUAACACCGAACCAUUUUCUUCGAGGUACGGUCAAGUCCGUCGAUGUUCACGUAGAUGGUUCGGUGGACUUAGCAGAAGCGUUGCGCGACAUUUACAAGCGAUCGCAGUACUUGGCGGACCAGAUGUGGCAGCGUUGGUACAAGGAGUACUUGCCAACGAUCAACAAGCGUACCAAGUGGUUUGCUGAGAGGAAGUCAUUGAAGAAGGGAGAUCUCGUGUUUGUAGUAGAUGGACAGAACCGGAAAAGCUGGGUUAGAGGUAUUGUCGAGGAAGUCUUCGUAGGAUCAGACGGCAGAGUUAGACAGGCGGACGUACGGACAGGCAAAGGCGUAUUCCGGCGUGGAGUAGCCAACCUUGCAGUGCUGGAAGUUCUUGAUGGUAAAUCCGGAACCACUGAUGAACGGGUACCGGAGUUACGGGCUGGGGUGUGUUGA